UUUUUUCAACAAAAAAUGUCAAUAAACGGGAAAUAAUCACAAUCACAAAUAUCAAAUAUGCUAACAAAAUACAGAAAUACUUAAAAAAUCUAUCAUGGAUACCCCAAAUGAACUCCUUAUGCAAGCAGUAUAUAAAAAUGACUUAGGUUUAAUAAAUCGUUGUUUAUCAAAAGGCGUUAGCAUUAACAAAAUAUGUUCCAAUGGAAUGACACCUCUGGGAGUAGCUGCACAAACUGGAAACUUAUCAAUUUUAAAAGCUUUAUUAGAACACCACAAGUCUUCAUACAAUUUAGAUUUUAGGAAUGAAAACUUUUGUAAGCCUCAAUAUCUGCAGCUAGACACUAGUGAACAGAAACGAUUCAAAAAUAUCGGAUACUUUGUGGUAUGUAAAGAUAUGGAAGAGAAUGAAUUUGGAGAUGGGCCUACUCCAGAUGGAAUGGAAGCUCUAGAAUGGGACAUGGAAGUCAAUGAAACAGAUUUUUCUACUGAUGACAACGGCCUAGAAGACAGUGACUUGAACAUGUACAAAUGGUAUGCAAAUAUACUUACUCGAACCUCUAUUCUUCUGGAGUCUCCAGAGCGUGAUAUUUCCCGUUUAGAUCGGCAUGGACAAAGUGUUCUACACUAUGCUAUCAAUACAGGAAGUGUGGAAAUGGUAGAAUAUUUGAUGACAGCAGUUGGCAAAGAUUUGAGUGUUAAUCAGAGUGAUGCCUGCUACUUUAGCCCUCUUCACAUGGCAGCUGCAAAUGGGGACAUAGAAAUGGCAAAAUGGUUGUUAAAAAGAGGGGCCAAUGUUAAUGCAGCUGGAGGAAGACAUAGGCAGAAUGCCUUGUAUGUUGCUGCUAGGGGAUCAUUCUUAGGUGUUAUGAAAAUUUUAGUGGAAGCAGGUGCUGAUGUGAAUGCUGUAGACGUAGAGGAGCAUUCUGUUUUGACCUGUGCGGUUCGUCAAGGUUACGAAGAAAAUGUAAGGUUUCUUGUCAAAAAGGGUGCAAGGGUUAACCAUGAAGAACCAGGAGGAGUAACGGCACUGCGUUUGGCUGUGUGGGCAAAUAAUUGUCCAGUGGUAAAAAUUUUGUUGGAAAACGGCGCCAGAGUUAUACAUUCCCAUCACUUGGUACAUGUGGGCGUUUCAAAUAGUAAUUUAGAAAUAAUAAAGCUAUUGGUAGAAGCUGGUGCGAUGGUGAACUCCAGAGAUGAUCAAGGAUUGACGCCUCUCAUGUUGGCUUGUUCGAGAAAAAAUGUUGCGAUUGCUAAGUAUCUACUAUCUCGUGGAGCAGACGUAAACGCAUCUAGCCACAUAGACGGUCGAACAGCACUACACGUAUGCGUUCAGGAUGUACGAGAAGCCAAAAGUGUCUAUCAACUAGUGGAUCUGCUGGUAAGCCACGGUGCCGAUAUGAACGCACCCAGUUAUCAAGGCAACGUGCUCUUUUAUUCAAUAAUUUUGGAAAAUCGAAUCGCCGCCGCUGCUUUGGUGCAACAGGGAGCAGAUGUAAACCUCAGGGACGAACGAGCUUAUGUCGAUAAUUUGAGUUUGGCGAAAAGACAUGGAGAUUUGGAACUAGUCAAAUUAUUGGUGUACGGUGGAUUUAAACUGUCCGAUAUGGCCUGGGAUCCUCGUGCGUUACGGACGAAAUCCCCCGACUCUGCCUGUGAUUUUCUUAUUAGCGUUAAGACGAACCCUUUGAAUUUAAGAGAAAUGUGUCGAAUAGCGAUUAGAAAACAAAUCGGGGCCAAAGGAUUGAGAUCUAAAAUUUUAGCACUGCCGUUACCUACGAUGUUACAGAGGUAUCUAACGUUAGAAAUAUUAUAAGAUUAUAUCGAUCUCAUAAGUGUAAUUUCGAUGUAACUCUAGUCAUUAAUGUAUUUAUUGUUUGUUUACUUUUUACUUUCAGUAUUUAUUCUAAUAUAGACUGUAUGAAACCAA